CGGUCAUGUUUUUUUUAUCACAACAGAGCACAAGACCUCCAGCCUGAUUGCUGAAAGUGAUGUUUUGCCAGCUUUCGCCAGACUUCUGCAGAGCAACCCUCUUUGUGCAGUAAAGGCAGCUGAGGUGCUGGCAGAGAUAGCUAAAAACGGUACAUUGCAUGAUAUUUCAGAUAGAUUUAUCUGCUCGGGAUUCCUGGACACCUACAAUGUCACAGUCUGUUCAUUAGCACCACAACAGUGAAACUUACAGAUGCCUUUCAGAACUGCUUGCACUCCCUCAUAGAUGACAGACUGCCAUUAAAGGGAAUCAAACUGCUUCUGGCAUUGUUGUUUUUCCUUUAAAAGUGUAGCUAUUUAUUUGCCAUUUGCUUCUGGCCAACAGCAGCUCCCAAUUUGAGCAUGCUCCUGGCAAAGUGCCUUCCAGUGGGACCCCUGCUAUGUGCAUAACCCUCUCCAGAGUUCACUGCAGGGAAGGGGCUUAUUCUGUAGCACAGAAGAAGAAGAACAGGCUGUUCUCUGCUUUUUCUUCUUUAACUGGAAGCAGAAGCAGCAGCAGCAGAAGAAGCUGCUUUCCCCCAAAGUGCCCUAGAUGUUGUGUCAACCUGAGACAUGGGUGUCUGUGUACAAAAGCACAGCAGGCACUAUUGCACCUGUACAAUGCUCUGAACUGACACAUCAGCUGCAGCAUUGUGAGAAAUCAAAUUGAAGGCCACUAACCACUAGCCUAAGGUUACCAGAUUUUUCAAUGAAUCCAGGGACACAUUAAUUAAUUAAUUAAUUAAUUAAUUAAUUAAAACACGUUCUGGACGAUGCUGCAGUGAUGGCGGUGGCCGAGGGGCGGCCACCGCCUUGACCUCAACCGCCACGUUUCCCCUUCCUCUGAGGCUUCUAUCUCCUUUCUCCAUGAGCCUGGGCAGCCCCUGAGUUGUUGGUUCUUCGGUGGUGGUGGUGGGGAAGCAGUGAGUGGUGGGUCAGGCAUGGAAGGCAGAGAAGGAGGGCCAAGAGUGGUGGCAGUGGCGAGGCUCGGGCAGCGCAAUGCCUCCCUUCCCAUCGGAGCAGCCCCAAUCCCAUUCCUACUUGCGUGCAAGCAGGAGGGGGUGGGGAUCCCUCAGCUGGGAAGGGAGGCUUCACACUGCCUUUCAGAGCAGCCCCAUCCCAACUCCUACUUGCGUGCAAGCAGGAGGGGGCAGGGAUCUGUCAGGCAGCGCAAUGUCUCCCUUCCCAUCGGAGCAGCCCCAAUCCCACUCCUGCUUGUGUGCAAGCAGGAGGGGGCGGGGAUCCCUCAUCUGGGAAGGGAGGCUUCCUGUUGCCUAACUGAGAGAUCCCUGCCCCCUCCUGCUUGCACGCAAGCUCUGAUAGGCAGCGUGAAGCCUCCCUUCACAGCUGAGAGAUCCCCGCCCCACUCCUGCUUGCAUGCAAGAAGGAUUGGGAGGCUGCUCCGACAGGCAGCAUGAAGCCUCCCUUCACAGCUUAGUUGCUGGGGUCAGGGAAGGUGGAGGCACCCCGGAAGCUGCAUCUUAGAGCUCCUGCACCACCAUCAUAUGGGGACUUCUGAGCAGCUCCUGAAGCUAGCCAGAGCCAACUGCUCUGGGCUGCUGAGACUGCCACUGCUGCAUUUCCCGGGGACAUUAGAUUAAAUCCGGGGACAUUCCAGGGAUGGAAUUUGUCCAGGGACUUAUUCGCAAAUCCGGGGACUGUCCCCAGGAAAUGGAGAUGUCUGGUAGCCUUACACUAGCCUUGGACUUCAGUCCUCUCUAGAAGAGGCACAUGGAUGGGCAGGUAUCAGUGUGGAAUGCCCUAGCAAGGCACUAUAACUCCAGAGCCUGCCUGUGAAUGGUGCCUGCUAAUAUGGGGUCCAUAUAGGGCUCUGAACUGUGUCACGUCAAAAGUUGCAACCAUGUUGGUUUCUUCUUAGAGAUUUCCUGAAAAUACCAAAUUGCAGGAUCAGACUGAAGCUCUGGGUAAGGCCACACUUCCUGCAUGUAGAGCGUGGACCAUAUUCCACAAUUAGUAGGUUGCUGGAUUUGGAAGAUGAUGCCCAUUUUUUGAGAGGAGGAGAGGAACCCAUUUUGAAUUGCAGGCAAAACAGCCAAUCCUUCAGAAGAGCCCCCAAAGACAUGAAAUAGUUCGGCUCUCUUCACAAGCUUAAGAAUAUCAGUGGACACUCAAAGCGUCAUAGAGUCUUCUGGACACUCUGCGUCCCGUCCCACCAAUGCAUUGGGUUCUCUCAACCAACUUAUCAGUUCACACUAUUUGAAGAGGGGGGCACUUUAAAAAAAGAAAAGCCCAGUUUUACAUCAGGGGCACAUGUACGUUUAUGCCUCUUUCGGUAGUAAUUGAGUAUGCUUAGGGGCCUGUCUGCUUUUUAAGUGAGACAAGAAAAAGGAGAUUAAUGUUAAGAUGUCCAAGAAAUGUCUGGGUAGUUAAUCCAAUUCUCUCAGAUUAAUUAAAAAUUGCGUUCAGAGGGACACUUGUCACUUCUUAGCUUCUAUUAAUGAGCAUAACACGAGUUUCACGAAAUUAAUCAAAUUCAAAAGUAUGGACUGCUUCCCCCCUUAAUACAUAAUAUGCUGAUGUGUUAGUAGGUUUGCAUUUAUUUUUCUCCAGAAUUGCCAUGUUAAUGAGACCAAAAUUAGAACAUUUGUCCCAGUUUUAAUGGCUUUACUGUCAUUAUAGUCCUAACUGAAACCUCACUUCUUUCAAUUUUACAAUGCUUGCUUACAAUAUCAGAACGCUAGGUGAACAUAGCCUCUGUCUUCUGUUUGUGCAGAGGAGAUGAAGACCCACUGUAUAGAUGCUGGCUUGGUGCCAGUCCUGAUCCCAUUAUUGGACAGCACAGACCAAGAGAUGUUGCUUCAUGUUGGCAGGGCCAUUGGUCGUAUCUGCUAUGAUAACAGUAAGUAAAAAGGUGUUGAAGACGUUUAUCAAUAGAAAAGAUGGUGGGGUGCUGUGAGAUUUAAGCUCUUUAUUCAAAGAAACCAAAGUAGCUCAGGCCUGGUGAUCACAGCAACUCUUCCCAAUGAGGCAGCUGUGAGGACUGAAGGUCCCAGAAAUCUGAGCUACUUUGUCUUGUUUCUCUUUGCUCUGCCCUCUUCAUUCCUCUCCAUGUCCGGAGAGGAGCUGGUCACAGCAGGAGAGGGAAACCCUCCGGCUUCUUCAGCAGCCUGACUCAUCUCUGCCUCUUGGACCUCCUCGCCAGCCUCCUCUUCUGCCUCCGAGUCUGGACUGCUCUCUGCCCCAGCCUCUUCCUGCUCACUCAACCCUGUUGCCUCUUCAGCUUCCGACACCUCCUCUUCUCCCUCUGACCACUCAUCUUCAUACUACCACAACUCCCCUGACUCUGUGCCUUUUUCCCAUGACCAUUUGCUUGGGGCUUCCUCUGCUGGUGCCUCCCACCACUCCUUUGCAUCCAACCAGACCAUGACACAUAGUCCAGCAACUCUACCUGUUGGAGCCACCUAUGUUCCUGAUUGUGUCUUUCAAACUAGCUGCAUUCAAUGGAAAUAUUUUUUCCUCUUAAGUGUUGCCUGUUUUGACCCUUGAUUUAUUUAAAAUACCUGUCUCUUACCUUUUAGUCCAAAGGCCCUCAAGGCAACUCACAAUAUCAGCUCAAACAGCAUCAUGUACACUCAGUAAUAACGAGAACAGGUCAUAAAAAGAGUCCUCAGAAGGUAUUAAACCCCUCAAAGAGGUUGCUCCUAGUUCCUAAUUUUUGCACUUGUCUUUUCCAGAUGACCUUCAGGAGCAGCUGGUGGGGGCAGAGGUGAUCACGUCACUGGUCAGGAUAAUGUCAGACUAUCCCGAUAAUGAACCUCUUGUCCGUGUCAACCUGCUGGCCUUAUCCAACCUUGCAGAUAUAGGUGAAUCUUGCAAUUUGCUUAUGGUUGUAUUAUGCUUUUGUCUCACCUGAAAGAGCCUUGGCUUUAAGUCUCACCCAGCUCUAUUGCAUAUGUACUCAGAAGCACAAGGGCAUAACAAACAAAAACAUUUGUGGAGCCAAAGAAGGGAGUCUGUUGUCAACAUGGCAGCACACAAUGUGAUGUAGUCAGUCACCCACUGCACUCUAUACAAAAUGUUUUAACAGUACCUAUAGCCUCCGUAAAAUAACCCUUCUCCCCUUCAUCUCUAAAGCUUUAAAUGAGGGGUUGACCUAUUUUCUCUUGUUGACCUGGAGUCCACACAACAGGUAACAUUUCAAGAAGGCACCUUGCAGAAUCAACAUGCAGUGAUUUCUCAUUUCUAAUCAGAUAGAACUUUAUGUUUCAUACAGAGAUGAAGUGAUUCACAGACAUUUGAUCUUUUAUGCAGACACUGCUAAACAGGCCCUUAGCAAGACCAGAGUUGCAGAACAUUUGGUACAUCAGCUACGGGCAGCAAACCACCAUGAGAAGGUAGAAAUCAUCCUUGAGGUUCUUCACACACUAGCAGAGAAUGGUAAGCUAUCUUGAUGAGAUACCCUGGGAUGGUUUCACAUGCAUUUAAGCAGUUAUCUAAGCUAACUGUUUGUUUAUUGAAUCAGAGAGAGAGGGAAAGCACUUUGAUUCAAAGGCAUGUUUCAAACAGAACUGUUCAGAACCCUGUCAACUUCUUUGAGAACAAAAUUGUUUUUUCUUCCUUUGUUUUUAAUUCAGCUGUUGACAGAAGCAUUUGACCCACUAUCCAGAAACUUAACAACCUAUAAGAGCAUUUUAAGUAGAAAAGCCAGCUCCUGAAAUUCUCAUUCUAGAAAUCUGGGGACUGGGUGUGAGUGCAAAAACUUGAAAACCAACCACCAGGCAGCCCAAAAUGUACAUUUAACUAUGUAUUUUUAGGGCUGGUUCACACAUUGUAUCUGGAAAACAUGAUAUGUUGAUUUUAAAUGAUCGUUUUAUUUAAUGUACAUGGUAUUUAUUUUGUGAUAUUUUUGUAACCUGACCUGGGAGCAGGAUAUAGGUGCAGAUAAUAAAUAAAAUGAUUGUAAGGAAUGACUGCCAAGAUGGAUUUUCCCUGUGACAUUUAUCUGUGUUGCAUACAUGCCUAAACACAUGUGUUACAUAUUUGUCAUGUACAAUGUGAUGCCAUACUAAAAACGUAAUGUGAGGUGAAGCAGCAAUGACAGUGAAGAUAAUGGAGGGAUGCAAAAGAAACAGGUACCCAAACCCCAGCGGUCCUGUAUCUUUGGAUGCAUAACCCAGUGCAGGUCCUCAGUUACUCGCAUUAUAUUUUAAAAGCUCCCAAAGCCUUUGUUUUGAUGAGAUCACAGUAGACAUUAGCCAUUGAUUAAUGCAGCAUGGUCAACUUCAAUUAACCAAAUUUAGAUUAAUGAAAUAACUUAAGGGAAAUGUCACAGUUAUUCAUAUCCAUAAUUCCAAAUGUUAGCCUGCCCACCAACUCCCUCCGUUUGUUCAUUCAUAAUUAAAUGGAAACUCUGUCCUGAUUUCAACCAACAGUCUGCUUUUAAGUGUGUCUCAGUAUUCAAAACAAUCAAGAUAUUUUGGGGUGUUUAAAAACAAAAACAAAUAACCCAGCUACAAUAAUAAGGUUGACAGUUGUCAACACAGUCAUCGCCUUUAACUCACACACAAGAUUAUGCAGAGGACCAAAAGGGCACUUUAGCAUGUUGUAGUCUCAAAUCUCAGGGUUGUGGGUUUGAGCCCCAUGUUGGGCAAAAUAUUCUUGCAGGGGGUUGGACUAGAUGAUCCUCGUGGUCCCUUCCCACUCUACAGUUCUGUGAUUAUAUAUAUAUAUAUAUAUAUAUAUAUAUAUAUAUAUAUAUACCUGUUCAGACAUUGAUCCCACAAGAACUGGCAUCCUUGAACCACCAAGCUUCUAGCCAAAGGAGGGAAUCGCAAGCAGACCAGCUGCACCAGCAAGGAAGCUUUCUGAAUAGGUCAUAGUGACCCAGGUGAUACUCCCUGAAGCUUUUGGGUCAAGGUCGCUUAUUGGUCUGAGCAACUAAGAGAAUCUGCUCCUGCUGAUGACAGAUCGCCUUUGCUUGUCUUCACCUACCUUUGCUUCACCUCCAUUUGAGUAGGAGCAGGGCCAGGCGGUGCCAAAACCAUGUGGGCAGAGUCAGUUACAAAUUCGUCAUUUAAUUGUCACCCAGUGGAAGGAAUGGCUGGGAAAGACUCAUGCAAUUGGUCCUGCCCACGUAGUUCCAGUAUGGACCUAUGCACUGCAUCACAGCACUGUAGAUAGAUCUGAAGGAUAUUGCACUGUGGGAAAUCCAUGCUUAAUAAUAAUUAUUUAUUUGUACCCUGCCCAUUGGGCUGGGCUUCCCCAGCCACUCUGGGUGGCUCCCAACAGAAUUAAAAGCACAAUAAAACAUCAAACAUUAAAAACCUCCCUAAACAGGGCUGCAUUCAGGUGUCUGCUAAAAAUCAGAUAGUUGUUUAUUUCCUUGACAUCUGAUGGGAGAGCGUUCCACAGGGUGGGCACCACCACCGAGAAGGCCCUCUGCCUGGUUCCCUGCAACCUCACUUUUCACAGGGAGGGAACCACCAGAAGGCCCUUGGAGCUGGACCUCAGUGUCCUUAGUGUCAUACAUUUAAAAUACACCCAAUGCACAGCUAAAGCACAUAGCUUCCCCACAAAGGAUCCUGGGGUCGUGGCUUGUUAAGAGUGCUGGGAAGUGUAGUUCUGUGAGGAGGGAACUAAACUUCCCAGGAUUCUUUGGGGGAAGUCAUUUAAGUGCUUUAAAAGUGUAUUGAAUGUGCUUUAAAUGUAUGGUAUGGAUCUGCCCUUAUAAGUUGUUUGAUGGUGGAGUGACAACAGGACGCACAAUAAAAUUCAAUAUGACCAUGUCUAAGCCAGGGGUAGACAACAUGGUGACAAUAUAUGGAGACAAUCCUCCAUAUAUUGUUGAGCUUCAAUUCGCAUUUGCCAGUGGUCAGGGAUGAUGGGAUUCCAACAUCAGGAGAGCACCAUAUUGACUGCCUAUGGGCUAAGUGCAUGACUUCACAAUGCUUAUCUGGCUGCUUUAUUGCACAGUGUCUACCCAAUGUUAUUUGACAAGAGAACACAGAGAUUCAAAGUUUUUAUUACACAAAUCACACUUGUCUGAACAGGCCUUUGAGAGCACCUACUGCUACGCAGGUGGUGCUGUGGGUUAAACCACAGAGCCUAGGACUUGCCGAUCAGAAGGUCAGCGGUUCGAAUCCCCGCAACGGGGUGAGCUCCCGUUGCUCGGUCCCUGCUCCUGCCAACCUAGCAGUUCGAAAGCACGUCAAAGUGCAAGUAGAUAAAUAGGUACCACUCCGGCGGGAAGGUAAACGGCGUUUCCGUGCACUACUCUGGUUCGCCAGAAGCAUCUUAGUCAUGCUGGCCACAUGACCAGAAGCUGUAUGCUGGCUCCCUCAGCCAAUAAAGCGAGAUGAGCACCGCAACCCCAGAGUCGGUCACGACUGGACCUAGUGGUCAGGUUCCCUUUACCUUUACCUUUACUGCUCUUCUAGGGUUCCCUCUCCCUUGUUUCCACACUUUCUUGGCACAUGGAUCUCUAGUCUUCUGAAAGUCACGUUCAGGGAAUAAGCCUUCCUUGAACAUGAAUGCUAUGGGGAAUUCAGAUGCACUGUUGGUGGGAUCUCUUCCCUCCGUGGCUCUGGCUCUGUUACACUGGAGGACAAGCUGCUGUCACUCGAGUACAACCGACCCCAAAAUAGCACUUUCUACCAAAAUUCACCAGAGCACAGCAUUAAACAGUGGAGUGACUGCCAAAGGGAGGGAGCAAGAGAGAUGAGGUCUGGGCUUUUCCAGGAAAAUGUGUUUGUACUGAGAAAGUAAAACAAAAGGCAAUUUCAAGGUAAAUUACUGGAGGCUUGUCCCAGAAGGAAGGGGGAGGAUGAGAGAUAUGGAAGAGGGAAGGAUGGAGGGAGAGAAGAGGUGGGCAUUGAGCCAAGAGCAACGGCAUCCUGAUGUUUCAGUGUUCAGAAGGCAAAGGAGGGGUGUUGAAGUGGCAGGCGCUGAUAAGCUGGAGAGUCGGAGAGGGAAGAAAUCAAGGGGACUGUAAUUGUAUACCAGCACUUCCUUAUGAUCUCUGAGAACUCUUCAAAGAGAGGGGGCGCAAGAGCUUACAACACGAGGGAAUCAAAAUUAAGCCAAGCUUUUCUGAAUAAGGGGUGCUUGACUCAAUAUGGCAGCAUUUUGAUGCUAAUUGGAGAGAUGGCAUAAGAGUCCUGGGCUCUCUUCAGCAAACAAGUGCUAAGCGAUGUGAAGUCUUGAUUGAAUUAGCAGAGAAUUUGGCUUUCAAGCACCCGAAGAGCUUCUAAACUAGUUUGCAAACGAAUGCUCUCUUUUCCAUUUCAGUAGGUGUUCCUGGGAACUACAAAUGUACUCCUUUCUUAAUAGACCUUUGUCAGCAAAGUAGAGGCAAAAUUAGUGUGGAGACAGGUUUUUAAGAUGUGUUAUAUUGACCCUUCCAACCUAUGAAUCUUUUUUUGUUGAGUAACAGACACACUACAGAAGUUAUCCCAGCAGCAUGGGUGCAACUUCUCUAUGACUUUUUUCCUUACUAUACCAGUUAAAGAAUAUAUCUAUGCUACAGAAUUAUAUUAGUUUAAUAGUCAUUCCCUCUUGCCAGGGAACUCUGGAUAUUGUAGUUUGGGGCAGACGUCACUAGGCAUCUCUGAUAGAGAGCGUUCAGCAUCCUCACCAAACUUGAGGACAUUUGUGGCAGUUCUAUAAAAUUGAUACAUGUAGGUAUGUCAUAAGAGAUCGCAUGGGAAGUUCCUGUAUCGGGGUCUCCUCCACAUAGCAUGACCUUGUCCUUCUCACACAAUCUUACUUCACAUUGUUAUGAGUUUGUGAGUGCCAGGUCCUGCUAAUCCCUGGAUCCAACAAAUGUUUAAAGCUAAUCAAGCCAGGCCAGCUUCCUGAACCCCUGGAUUUUGAAAGUGUUAUAAUAUAAACCAGGCUAGCUUCCUCUUGAGGUGAUCACCUGGGGGUGGUGGUGAGCCAUUUAGGGAAAGAAAGGAAAGGAGCUCUGUGUGAGACAGCAAGUGGGGGGGGGCUUCUGCAAUUUUAUGAUUCUAUAAUUCUUCUGGCCUAUGGUUAGUGAGAAGGACAAAAGCCAGAGUUUAGAGCAGAGUUUGCAGGGAAGUGACCUAGAAGUAAAGCAGCAAACUGGAAAGAGUUGGAGUGUUUGAUUUCUGUUUGAAUUCAAGGAUGUCUUUGCGAGAAACAAAACCCUUUUGGGGUGUUAAUGCUACCAACCCCUCCAUUGUUCAAGUUGUAUACAUUUGUAAAUAAACCAUAUGUCAUAAAGACACCACAGUCUCUGCUGUGCCUCAUUUCCAAAAGGAAACACAAACCCUGGGUAAGCUCCUGCACCAGCAUGUUAUUAGGAUGAGAUGUAAAUCAUAGUGUGAGAAUGAACCCUCAUUUGUCUGCGGUUAGCAACACUCGGAAAGAAGCUUUAAACAUGUUUGUUUAUCAUGACUUCCGCAGAUGCCCUAAAAUCUCAGUUGGUUGAAGCUGGUAUUCAGGAAGUCAUAGUUGAGAUCCUGCAGAGGCUGCAAGACAGUUCCAAGCCAGAAGAUGUGUGCAGCUUGAAGGCUGCGUCGGAUCUGAUUGUGUCAUUGCUACUUGGAGGUAAGAAUGAGCGAGCCCAGGGAGAGCGAGUCCAGAUGCACAAAAGAAGAACAGCUGCAGGAGGGCCAUCUGCUUCAGUGCUUCCUUUUUCUUGCUACAGACGCAGCUGCGGUCUGCCAUUUCCAGAUUCCUGGGGGGAAUUUUCCACCACAGAUGGCUUUUUAAAAAACAGAAACAAAAAGGAAUCAUACCCUUGUAGUAUGAUUGUAAUGCUAGUGUUAGCCCCUGCGUAUAUACAAGUUCGCCUCGGGCAUUUAAGGGCUAGUCAGCUAGCUGUUGGCCAAAGGUUGCAGGAGGAUGAUUGAGUCAGCAUCUCCGACAUUGUGGGUGGGUGUAGAACCUGUGGCCCUCAAGAUGCUGUUGGACCACAACUCCCAUCAACCUCGACCAUUGGCCUUGCUGGCUAGGGCUAAUGGGAUUCAGAGUACAGUAAUAUCUUGGAAGCUGCAGGCUUCCCAUCCCUCCAGGUGAGUGAGAUGAAAUUACUGGGAACUUUUGUAAUACCUGACCUCAAGUCUAUAUAAGUUUGCUUUUAGCUUAUCUGCAGUAGGUUAAACUUAGCUAAUCUGACAAGGGUAAUUUUAUCAGAAGAAGAAAUUCAUUUCUGCUUCUUAUUGUUUCGUCUAACUAGAUAAAGAGAGGAGUCUUGGCAUCUGUUUCAAAUAUAAACACUUGGGAAUUACAGUUAAUUCUUUUUAUGGUUACAAAAUUGUAGUAAUUACUACAGACAGAAAGCAAUCUGUGUAAAAUAAGCAUCCAAUUAAUUAUCCAGUUGUUCACUUAAUAUUUACUGGUGGGGAUAGUGAGGACAACAAGUCACUUAUGUUAAUGAAUUAGGCAGGUUGGGGUUGUUUUAGUUUUUCUUACUGUUGAUUUUUGGUCACUCAAUUGACUCGGGAGUGAGCUGUGUCUUACCUUCAACAUAUGGAGGAAGUUGAAACCAAUUCUGGCUUCUCCACAGUCCACUGUAGUUGUUGUUUUCCUACCACAUGUUAUAUUCAGUUUUAUUUCUACAAAAUGCCUUGAGUGAAAAGAGAAGAAAACAACUGCGAGCCCAGUCCCUUUUGCCAUCUGGAGGCAAGCUAGUGAUUUUGCAUUCUUAACAUUAUUGGCCUGCAUUUUCUUCAGCCCUUGUGUUGCUUUGCAAAACUCAUAUUCCACAGGAACUUGGGAUCAACCUUCUUCAGAGAUUCAUCUCUCUCUUUUCUGGGUGUCUUAAUGCCAUUUCUGUGCCACUUGCAAGACUGGUUGUAUGUGGUGUCUUGGCCAUGGCUUAAACCUGAACCUCCGCCACAGCUCAGACCAAAACUGGAAGAGCCACAGUCCACUUUUGUAACGUGCACAACAUCGUGUUAGUAGUCCACCUGGAGAGAUUAUGGACUAUCUUUGCUGCAGCAACUAGUGCUAACACACACAUUUCCAUGUGAUGAAGGAAAACGUCAGAUAUCAUGCUGAAUAUUUUGGUGGCAGCAUGAAGAUACCUCCUCCCACAGGGGUGGUGGACCUGUUUUUCUCUUGAGGUCUGCCUUUUCUUGAGAAUAAUCUCUCAGGGGUUGGGUGGUAGUGGUAGCUGGGCCUAGCAGUGAGCAUGGCCAGAGACCAAAGUAGGCAGUCCACCUCUUCUCUCUUUUUUCCUCCCUCCUCUUCCUCUUCCCCCAGUGAUCUGCCAAAGAAAGGACAGUGAAGGGAUCACUUGCAGAGGGUUUUCCUUCUCCUUCCAUCUGUUUUGUUUCUCCUCAUUUCUCAGCUCCCAUUCUCUCCCUCUGGGCUCCCCAUCACACAUGAAAUUAGGGCAACCGUCACCUGCAGCUCUUAGGUGUCAACUUUCCCACCCCUGCUGUCUUCCCUGCUAUGUUGAGAAGCACUGUAUUUCUAUUUAAAUUAUGUUUAUCAUUAUUUGAAUCCGUACAUAGAAAACAACGUAUGCAAAUAUUUGUUCUGUUUUUAUUAUGCAUUUCCUUGCUUGUGGUGAUGUGUUAGCCACCACCCUAACAUCACCUGACCUCCAGUAGCUAUUCACAAGAGACAUCAGCUACCAGGCUAUACAGAAAAGCCCAUAGAGAGGUGCUUCUCUUCACAGCAAUAAACAAAGCUAUAAUAAUCCAAUCAGUAACUCUCUGCUUGUUGUACUACAGAUGAAUCCAUGCAGCAGCUGUUUGCAGAAGGGAAUGGUAUUAUCUACCAGAGUGUUGGAACAUGGCUUGCAUCCAAGCACACCCAGUUACAGCUGACGGGGGCUCUGGCCAUUGCUAACUUUGCCAGGAAUGGUAAACAUACCUAUAUACUUUAUUUACUGGAUGCAUUUUAUCCUGCUGCUCAGCCCAAAAAAGUUCCCAGGAUGCUUUUCUUAAGAUCAAUAAAAGCAAUAAUUCAUUCAGCAAUAUCCACUUGUGGCAGCCUGCUCGCACAACAUUCUGCUAGCAGAAGCUUCCGUUUUUAGCAUAGCACAACAGACAAAUCCAUUGGGUGUUUUCUGCUUGCAAAUGAUGGCAUGCAACUUCUCUUAUUAUUAUAUGCUGACGGCAUUUAAGCUACCACUUCCGCAACUACAUCAGCUCUCCAGCUUCUUGCAUGAAUAUUACUGAAUUUAAAAUCUAUUGGUCAAAAUGCAGGUUUAAAACACACACAGAGAGAGAGAGUGCGCAAUAAUAAUAUAUUCCCCUUUGCUGUUGAAAUGUUGCCACAAAUCAUGCUUUUGGCAAAAGUUCCAGGUACCUCUGGAAGGUUUAAAAAGGAGAAAGGGUACCAGAACUGAUCUACAGCUUUACUGUUGUCCUAUAUGAAGUAUUGUCAUUAAAAUCUUACAGUGGUGCCCCGCAAGACGAAUGCCUCGCAAGACGGAAAAACCGCUAGACGAAAGGGUUUUCCGUUUUGAAGUUGCUUCGCAGGACGAAUUCCCCUAUGGGCUUGCUUCGCAAGACGAAAAUACCUUGCGAGUCUAGAGAUUUUUUUCGCUUCCCCCUUUAUCUAAUCUGCUAAGCCUUUAAUAGCCUUUAAUAGCCUUUUAGCAGCUAAUCCCCUAAGCCUUUAAGCCUUUAAUAGCCGCUAAACCGCUAAUAGCGCUAAUAGCGCUAAUCCGUCAAUGGGCUUGCUUCGCAAGACAAAAAAACCGCUAGACGAAGACUCUCGUGGAACGGAUUAAUUUCGUCUUGCGAGGCACCACUGUAUUUUGAUUUUUGUGUGUGUGUGUGUCGUAAUUUCAUGUUGUGAACUGCCCUAAGAUCCACGGGUAUAGGGUGGUAAGGUAAAGGUAAAGGGACCCCUGACCAUUAGGUCCAGUCGUGGCCAACUCUGGGGUUGUGGCGCUCAUCUCGCUUUAUUGGCUGAGGGAGCCGGCGUACAGCUUCCGGGUCAUGUGGCCAGCAUGACUAAGCUGCUUCUGGCAAACCAGAGCAGCGCACGGAAACGCCAUUUACCUUCCCGCCGGAGCGGUACCUAUUUAUCUACUUGUACUUUGACGUGCUUUCGAACUGCUAGGUUGGCAGGAGCAGGGACCGAGCAACGGGAGCUCACCCUGUCACAGGGAUUCGAACCGCUGACCUUCUGAUCAGCAAGUCCUAGGCUCUGUGGUUUAACCCACAGCGCCACCAAACUUAAUAAUAAUAAUAAGAAGAAUUAAGUUGGAAGUUUAUAUUAUCAGCUUUCUUCUCCUCUGCUUCUUCAAGACAGCAACUGUGUGCGGAUGGUGCAGCUGGGAAUCGUACAUCAACUUCUGGACCUUUUGGAGCAACAUGUGGAAAGUGGAGAUGUCUCUGUUCAACAUGCUGCCCUGAGCGCUCUCCGAAACCUUGCUAUACCAGGUACAACAAAAGUCGCACCACAAAUUAUCUAACUGAACAACUACAAAAUGAAAAUUAAAGUUAUGCGGUAGGGCAGAAGUGGAAUGUGUGAGAGUGGGACUCUCUAUUUCCUGGACUCUGUUCCUUGUAAAACUCUGUCCAUCUGUUAUCUUUGAUGAGAGAUGUUGAGAAUGCCUUGAAAGGAGUUUUCUCUGUAAACAUAUGUGCACUGGAGUUCUUCAGAUUCAGCCACCCACCACCACCUCAUUGGCAUGUAGAUGAUAAAUCUCAGGGGUUGGAAGGGUGGCAUAUUGACAUCAGCACACAUACUGUACGUGUAAAUGCACAUCAAUGGACACAAAUGCAAAUACAAUACUUUCUUUCCAUUGAGAACUCAUAACCUGCAAAGGAGAAAGACUGUAGUCCCAUAUGUAGUCACAUACUUUGGAUGCAGAAAGUCCUCAAUAAAAAUAUGGGCAUUUCCAGGUAAAAGAAUCAGGUAUCAGGUGGUGAUGGGGGAAAAAAUGUUUGCCUGGAACCCUAAAGAAACAUAGCCAACUGAGAAUAGACAAUACCAGGUUAGAUGGAUGAACAGGCAGCUUCCUGUGUUUCUUUAGCUUAGAUAGGGUGCAUGAAUUGCAGCUAUUCUGUAAUAUACACAAUGAGAACCUGAGAAUCCUUUACUUUUCAAUGGGAUGUGAUUCCUGUAAUGAAGGCAAACUGGGCAGAGAAGAACCCUCAACAAUGUUCAGUAGCAGCAAAAGGAGCAAAGGUGGUGAUCGCUAGAAUACAUGCAAAUGUCCCCUUUUAUCUUUAAAAUGUUGGAGGGUGUUAUUUCGCUCAAGAAAAUAUUGGUCUAAAAAUAGGCUUUUUGUGGUGACAAACCUAUUUGGCACAGUGCCCAUCCAUUUUUCUUUAGUUACAUUUGGUUUUCAUCACUGUCUGGAGGUGGAGGUGGUCACUUCUAAACAACCUAUUUAUUGAGCAUUCAUCCUGAGUUUGCACAGAGUUUCUAUGCUCACCAUUGUUUGUUAAGCAUUAAUUCCAUUUUUUUUUGUACAGAGGUUAUACAGCUUCCCAUCAAUCGUUACCCCACAACUUUUAGUCCCUUUCCCCACCAGUUUCCUUACUGCAACAUCCUUUUAUUUAAAAAAGGUUUGUUGCAGCAGAGAGCUUUUAUCCACUUUAGUUGUGCAAACCCAAAUAUGCUAGUAUACAAUUGAAUCCCUCCCAUAAAAUAGUGACAGCUGAGAAGAAACCCCAACGUACCAGAAGUGGUUUCCUUUGAUGAGAAAAACAUGUAAGAAAAAGCAACCCUUUUUCCACCCAGUUGGUUUCAACCCCAUCCUUCCUUAAAAUAAUAGAAUUGUAGAGUUGGAAGGGACCAUCAGGGUCAUCAAGUCCAACACCUUGCAAUGCAGGAAUCUUUUGCCUAAUGUGGGGCUUGAACCCUAGAGAUUAAGCAUCUGAGCCAUUCCAGUACCAAAGCAGUCUCUGUUAAUACAACGCACAUCAUCUGGGUCUUUCACUGAAACCGUAUUCCCUGUUGAUUUGCUAAAAUAUCAUUUAUUUUUUUUAAAAAAGAAAUACGCAAAAACACAGCAACAGAUGAAAAAGUCAAGUUGAACAUGAAAUGAAAUCAAUUAGAAACAGUAUUUUUAAAAAUGUAUGGGCAGGCGCAAGGGGCCUCAUUAAUUGAUUAAACCCUCAGAGUCCUGCCCAGGGAGCUCUCUUUGAAAAUCAUUCCACACUCGAGGGCCUACAGUCUGAACUUUCUGCUAGCGAAGCCCAAGGAAAUUACAAACAAGUUAAUUAGCCGUCAGAUUCCCAGCACUCUAAAGUUGCCAGCAAGGGAUGCCUGCCCGCUGCACUUGCCCUAGGCUAGGAAGAAAGAAAGCACACAGACUGUCCGGAAAUUGCUUGGUAGGUUGGAUACAGUACUUCUCUUCCCAGGGAGGUUUGCUCUUAAUGAUUACCUGGAAUUGCUUCACUCAAGGAGCCUGGUGUGGGGAGUUGGGGGGCAGAAAAACAUGUUCAAAAAUGGAGGGAUAUGUAAAUAUCCUAUCAGGUGAAGUGUAUUUUGAUCUUGAAGGAGAGAUUAUGACCACUGGGAUAUUUCCCAAUCUAUCUUUCUCAGUAGUCUUUAGGUACAAGUUGUCAAACCACCUAUAGGUUCUGUAUCGUUAAGAGCGGAAGUUAAACUUUUGACUAGACAUCAUUGUCUCCAUAUCUGCAGUGGCAGCUGGUGACUUUUUGAAACCCUUCCCUAAACAUAUCAACAUGUGCAUGGCACUCUUGCACAAGUGUUGGGAAACACAUGCAAACCAAAAUAAUGAAUGCAAAGGUUUAAAAUAUUGGGUUUGUGUUUUGUUUUUGUUUUUGUUUUGCUUCAGGUUGCACGGAGAGCAUUUAUUGUGGGGGGGUUGUUUUUUAUUCAAAGUCACUUAAUCUAUCCAAAACAAAAAACAAGUUUCCUCCUAAAAUGGAAAUAUGUAUCAGCAGAUAUAUCUGAUUUCCCAAAAGAGACAAAUAGCUGCUGGGUGGAGGGUUUUCAUCAGGAAAAUGACAUUGGAAAAACAGUCAACCUCCCCUCCUUCUGUGUCAUGGUCUUGAUCUGAAUUGGGCCCACUUGAAGCUGUAAUUUGUGGUACAGGUCUGUCAUUUGGAGCUUUAUUCAGAGAAUUAAUCAGUUUAAUUGUAAUUAAUUGUAUUUUUCUGUCCUCGCCCCCUCUUGAUUAGGGAGGUCUCUGGACUUGUCCAUAAUGGCAGAGCUGUCACUGCAGCUCCUCUAAAAUGCUGGAUUCAUGCUGGAUUUGUUCAUUUGGUAUUAGAAUACUGAAUUCCUAUUCCCCUUUAAUUUGGGCUAAUAAAAAGUCAGUGUGCGGAUCAAAUGAAACACAAUGGGUUGCUGAACAACUGUUUAGAAUGUUUUCUGUUUUUGAAGUCACGUGUUUUCUAAAUGAAGUCCAAACUACCUUGUUGAUGCAAAUAUUUUGAAAUAUUGGUGCUAAUGAAAUCUAGAUCUAAAUAGGAUUUUUUAGCAGGCAAUCCAAAACAUUUUGUACAAAGAGCUGCUGUACACCUUGAUUUUUGUCAUGCACUGACUAUACAUUCUGUGGCCUUUAGUAGCUUAGCAGCAACUUGUCAUUCAGAUAUUGAGAUCCAGAUCACCAAUUGUAAUUCUGAUCAUUUUGACCCAUUUCCCAGUGGCUAACAAAGUUCAGAUGCUGGACGAAGGUGUUGGCCAACGUAUCCAGAUGCUUUUGAGGUCGGAGAUGCCUCCUGUUCAGUUUAAGCUUCUUGGGACACUACGAAUGUUGGUGGACGGUCAAGGUAGGAGAAUAUAAAGGGCUUUCAAGCUAGUCCCUCUUUAGGACUGCAUAGCAAACAAGGGAACCAUUGUUAUGCGAUAAUCAGGAAAGUGUUCUUAUCGGUGUGGUUAGAUUGAGUUCAGAGCAUGAGACCAAUGACAGAAGGGCCUUUUUGAAUGCAGAUUUUAAAAUAGUCAAUGGAUGUGAUAUCUGUCAAGGUACUAAGCUGUAUGAUACACAACCAAUUCAAUGCAAAGGAAAGUGCAGCUUGAGGGCUACAUUCCAAGGACAAGUGUUUGGAAGUAGGCUGCAAGGGAGUGGCUCCAUAAAGGCUCACAUCUACAUGUUAGUUUCUGUUUGCCACUGUGCAGUGCUUUGGAGUCACAAGACUCUGUUUUGCAUUCCACACAUUCCAUACUGUUGGAAGUCUCAUGGGAGAUGGGAGACGGAUGUGACGUUAUUGGUUUCCUGUUCCUGUGUUUGUUUCAGUUGCUCUCUGCCUUUCACAGAGAAAGGAUGUGUUUUCUGUCUGCGUAGAUUAAAUAAAACUAAUAGCGAUUUAGCCAUAAACCUCAUCACUUCCCUGUGUACUUUGAUUCUCUGCUGAAUGGGAAUGUGCCUGGAGCCUCAUCAAAGGCUCAGGUCGUUAAUCACGUCAGAGGGCGAUUCCGGAAGAUGAGCUUUAUCAGCUCGGUCGUAACACAGAUUCCGACACUACAUUGUGUCUGUGUGUUCCAUUAUGAGCAGGCCAUUUCCCUUAAGCAGAUGCCCUCCUACACCUCACAUAGGAGAACCCAAGAGCCUAUGUUCUCCCCGGAUCCCACAAAUAGCCCACUCACAGCUGUUGCUUAACUCCCAUGAAGAGCUGCCUUCAACCUCCAUCAAAAUUGAGGCCAAGAACAAGCAAGAAUGCUGGGUUAUGGAAGUGCUUUGAAGACAUCUAGAACAACCAACAGUGGCAGUAUUUGGCUCUUGUCCAGGCAGAGGCUCACCCUGACCCAGAAGUAUUGGUGUGCUCAGGCCAGGCAGAACCAAUGGGAUUCCUGAAAGGAUAGUGCUAUUCUGGAAACGGAAAGGAUAGACAAACCAAUGCAGAAAUCUUUUGCCCAACAUGGGGCUCAAACGCACAACCCUGAGAUUAAGAGCCUCAUGCUCUGCUGACUGGGCUGUCCCAUUGCAACACAACCUGAGCCUAUGAAGGAGGGGUUCCCAGCAUUAACACCCCAAAAGGGUCUUGUUUCUUCCUUGGAUUCAAACUGAACUCAAACAUUGCUCUGACUCCCCGGCUUGCUGCUUUACUUCCAGGUCACAUCACUGCCAAACUUUGCUCUCUGGCUUUCUGUUGAGGGAGGGCCCCCACCCAUUUGCUGUCUUCACUGAGCCCCUUAAUCCCCCAUCACCUCACCAGGAAGCUAUCUUGGCUAUUAUAAUUAGGUGGCUUGAUUAGCUUUUAACACUUGCUGGCUCCUGGGAUGAGAGAAUUUUGGCACACAGACCCUCAAGCUCAUACGUUACUGUACCUAGCAAAUACAAGAAAACCCCAACUUCCUGCUAAGAUGUACCCUUCCAUGGCAGUGAGCUCAGAAGCCUCCCACCUUAAUUGCCGUCUGUUCUAUUUACCCAUGAGCCAACAUUGACCUUAAUUAACUCAGCACAAUACACUACCGUGAACAUGUGUCUUCUAACCAGUCCCUGCUAAAUUAGUUGAUUGCAUUAUCUAGUGUAAAUUCAUUACCGUGACAAUCACCGGGUGUGUUGAUGCCUGCAGAAUUUAGAAUGGCAGGUUCCCAUUUUUAAUUAUAGAUAUCUGAACCCUCAGUGUUAAUCGUUUUUCAGCAGCACCAACACAGAAAAGGGGUUGUUUACCAACAGCAGUUCUCAUAUCUGCACCUCUCCACAAUUGAGCCACCCAUUACAUGUGCACAUGAAAUUUCUUUCGAGACAAUUGUUACCGUAUAUUUCCUAAAACUAGUGCCAAUUUACGCAUGCAGAUUUAUUAGGUUGGGGGAUGCGAAUGGGCUGUCAGAUACAAUUCCACAGACAGAAGUUGCAUUUUGUCUCACACAGAAUACUUUAUCCAGUAAAGUAUUAUUGUUCCUGCAUUCAGCUGAGUCUUCAGGGUUUGGGUCACACGUGUAAGUUUAUCCCUUAAUGACUGCAAUGUCAAACAAUUUAUUUUCAUUUGUGAAUAUCACAGUCCAAAGAUAGAUCUUUGUCAAACUCCAGCACCUCUCCAACACAAUACCUUGAGAAAGACAAGAGAAAAUUCAAGUGAUCAAAUUAACCUCUGUUAUAUAACUGUGAUUGGCUUGUUAGAAUCCUAACAAAAAAUGCUAUGCCACCUGCCACAUCUUCCUUUCCUGAAUGCACAUUUCCCCCAUUAAAAAAUGUUUUAUUUGAGAUUAUAUGCAAGUUCUGCCUGUUGUGCUUGAACUGUGAUGGCCCAUCCACAAACUCAAAACCAUCACAUUUGAUGAUGCUGGCACCAAGUGGUAAAUACGUAUAACUCAGAAACAAAUAAAGGCUUUAUUCACCCAGGCGUACUCCACCUGCAGCUGACAAUUAAAGUAAUAAUAAUAAUAAUAAUAAUAAAUUUUAUUUAUAUCCCGCCCUCCCCAGCCAAAGCCAGGCUCAGGGCGGCUAACAACAAACAAAUAAUCAAACAAUCAAACAAUCCAACAUUCUAAAACAUUUCAUUAUAAAAAUUAAUUAAAAUCAAAUUAAUGGCAACCGUUAAGCAAAGUUCUGUGCAGGUUGCCAGAGGAGGGAGUCAGGCUGGGCCCUGACCAAAGGCCUGGUGGAACAACUCUGUCUUGCAGGCCUUGCGGAAAGAUGUCAGGUCCCGCAGGGCCCUAGUCUCUUGUGACAGAGCGUUCCACCAGAUUGGAGCCACAGCCGAGAAAGCCCUGGCUCUAGUUGAGGCCAGCCUAACCUCUCUGAGGCCUGGGACCUUCAGGAUGUUUUUAUUUGCAGACCGUAGGUUCCUCUGUGGGGCAUACCAGGAGAGGCGGUCCCGUAGGUACGAGGGUCCUAGGCCGUAUAGGGCUUUAGAGGUUAAAACCAGCACCUUAAACCUGAUCCUGUACUCCACCGGGAGCCAGUGCAGCUGGUAUAGCACCGGGUGAAUGUGAUCUCGCAGCGAAGACCCUGUAAGGAGUCUCGCCGCGGCAUUCUGCACCCGCUGGAGUUUCUGGGUCAGUCUCAAGGGCAGCCCCACGUAGAGCGAGUUACAAUAAUCCAGUCUGGAGGUGACCGUCGCGUGGAUCACAGUGGCUAGGUCAGGGCGAGAGAGAUAAGGGGCCAACUGCUUAGCUUGGCGGAGAUGAAAAAAUGCCGCCUUUGUUAUAGCUGUAAUCUGCGCCUCCAUAGAGAGGGAGGUAUCGAAGAUUACACCCAAACUCUUAACGGACGGUGCUGGCACUAAUUGCACCCCGCAAGAGAUGGGAGUUGCCCCCAAUCCCAUAUCGUCCCGUCCCAGCCAGAGGACCUCUGUCUUGAAGGAUUUAACUUCAACCGGCUUCCACGUAACCAUCCAGCCACAGCUUCCAAACAUCUGGUCAGUGUGUCUGGGGCCGAGUCAGGAUGGCCAUCCAUCAACAGAUAGAGUUGGGUGUCAUCGGCAUACUGAUGGCAACCCAGCCCAAAACUCCGGACAAGCUGGGCGAGGGCGCAUAAAGAUGUUAAAAGCAUCGGGGAGAGUAUCGCACCCUGAGGCACUCCACACACCAAGGAGUGGCAGGAUGACAAUUCCCCCCCAAGCGCCACCCUCUGUCCCCGACCGGAGAGAAACGAGCGCAGCCAUUGAAGGACUGUGCCCUGGAUCCCCACGUCGGCAAGGCGGUGGUCCAGGAGUUCGUGAUCAACCAUGUCGAAGGCUGCUGACAGGUCUAGAAGAAUCAGCAGCCCCGACCCGCCUCGAUCCAGCUGCCUGCGGAGAUCAUCUGUUAGGGCGACCAGAGCCGUCUCGGUCCCAUGACCAGCGCGGAAGCCAGACUGGGAUGGAUCCAGAGCCGAUGUUUCAUCCAGAAACCUACCAAGCUGUUCAGCAACCGCUCUCUCAAUCACCUUACCCAGGAAUGGAAGAUUCGAAAAGGGACAGAGGGGAGAAUUGCUGGCUGCUUCACUGCAGACUUCGCACAAUAUUGCUCCAAUCUUUGUCUUUCAGCUGAUGCAGCAGAGGAACUGGGCCAGGAUCCGGUGCUGCUCAACAGACUGGUGCAAUGGUGCGAUUCAAACGACCACGCUGGAGUCUGCGGAGAAGCAAACCGACUGCUUGCAUCACUUUUGCGUCACAGUUGUUCUCAGGUACAAAAGGCGUUGGGUUUGAUCCAUUUUCAAGUCUCAUCAAUUUGUGUUUUGUGUCCCACUUUGAAAGUGAGAGUUGCAGUACAGGUUGUAUGCUGCCUUUGAUGAAACAGGUUCUGGGAGCAUGUUCACACAACAUAUUCUCAACAAUUGGCAGUGCCCCCCAGAAACUCAUCUGGAAUAACUGCUUUUGUCACCCCCCCCCCUAUUUUAUAAGAAGACAAAUUAAAAAACUGCUUUGCAGAGUUAACUACCAUAGAGUUAUCAAAAUUUUCAAAAGUAGGGGGUACGUAGCUUGGCUUUUGAAAAAAAGGGUGUCCUCAAUAAUUAGCUAAUUGGGAACCACUGGCCAAUGCUAUUUUCACACCCACUGUUCUCAGGCAAUGAAAUAGAUUUAUAUAUUCUACACAGGAAUCACAGCAGUUCUUAAGAAGAAAUCAGAACAGUGCUCUCCAGUCACGGCGAGUGAACUUACAUGAUGUUCAGUUGAAUAUAGCUACUUCAGAAGAGACUUUCAUCUCCAAACAUUUGGUGGGGAGGGGCAACUCUGAGCUUCUUUCAUGUACAAAGACAAAAUUCUCAUCAAUUUGCGAGCUGCCAUGGAGUCUAUUAUUCAAGUGUUAUCCAUAACCACUUCUGUUCCUAAUUACCCGCCUCCCCCAAAACAAAAUCCUGGAUCACCACAGACUUCAGCAAUCUCUUGUUGUUUUGUAAGCAGGAAGUUGUCAAAGCCAUUCAAGAGGCCCAGGCAAUGAAGCACCUGGUUUCUAUGGCAACCAGUGAACAUGCCAUAAUGCAGAAUGAAGCCCUGAUUGCCUUGGCGAUAGCUUCUGCGGUCAAUUUAGGUAUUCAAGCAUUUAUUUCCUAGAUGUUGUUCUUUAAGUGGGCAUUCAUUCAACAAAACGUGGGCCAUUCAAAAGAGCCUGAUUCACUUACCCAGGCAUUAAUAGAUAAAGCUGUUGGAUACUUUAUCCACUUCCUUUUGACACUUCUCAGAGGAGCUGGUGCCGCCCAGAAUUUCUGGGUGGAAAUCCAAGCAAGCAGAGGACACUAGGAAGCUGAUCUGGCAAGCGAGGCCAAAGAGCAGAGAAAGGCUGAGCAAGAUUCAAGUUAGUGAGGUGAGCUAUUUACUGUGGCCUGAGCUGUUUACAGGAUGUGCUUAGCUUCAUCGUCAAGGUGUAAUGGGAGGAAGAGGAAAUUUAUAUGACGACAGAGAAAUGCAGAAAUGAAUCCUAUAGAAAAGGGGGCUGGUCCCUGUGGAGCUCAAGUGAUUCUUGGUUUCCCAGGGCUCGAGGAACAAAGCUCCAACAAGCAUUAGUCAUAAACACCCAUGGAUGUUUCUGAUGUGAAAACUUUGAAAAGGAGCAGUCUGUUUUAACAAAUACAGGAAAUUCAAGACUAGCCUAUUUGUAUAUUAGGGGUUUUUUGGGGGGGGUGAGGGAAUCAUGUCUACAAGCAGCUAGGGAUCUUUAUUUGUAGCAAUCGUUUGAGGGGGAAAAUAAUUUCAAUUAUUAAGUUAAACAUUUAUCUCCUUUGCAGAAAUCAUCAAAGACACAUUUAAAGAGGCCAAGCUUGUUCAGAACAUACAUAAACUUCUCCAAGAUGAAAGCACAGGCCCAGAGGUGAAAUAUAAUUCAAUAGGUCUGUUGUGUAGCCUCCUGAAUUCAGGUAAUUUCAGCCCAAUAAGUAUGAAUCAGAAUUUGUCACUGCAUGACACGAGAGCAUUUUAUACUGGGAAAUUUGCAGCCACAGCACAGCAUGGAUGUGUGGGGUAACAAUUAUCUCUCUGCGCCCAGUUGGUUUUCAAUAUGCUCAAAAUCAACACAAAGUAAAUUAAGAUCGUAAAAUGUGUAAUGAUUCAGCUAAAUAUGGCUUCCGGUCUCACCUGCCUUAAUGGAGGCAGCCCCCAUGACAGCGGGGGAUCAUCGGCAGGAGGUGGGUGGGUGUGGAGGACUCCCUGGUUCUGAAUGGGGUAACUGUGCCCCUGAAGGACCAGGUGUGCAGCCUGGGAGUCAUUUUGGACUCACAGCUGUCCAUGGAGGCGCAGGUAAAUUCUAUGUCCCAGGCAGCUGUUUACCAGCUCCAUCUGGUACACAGGCUGAGACCCUAUCUGCCCACAGACGGCCUCGCCAGAGUACUGCAUGCUCUAGUUAUCUCCCGCUUGGACUACUGCAAUGCGCUCUACAUGGGGCUACCUUUGAAGGUGACCCGGAAACUACAACUAAUCCAGAAUGCGGCAGCUAGACUGAUGACUGGGAGCGGCCGCCGAGACCACAUAACACCGGUCUUGAAAGACCUACAUUGGCUCCCAGUACGUUUCCGAACACAAUUCAAAGUGUUGGUGCUGACCUUUAAAGCCCUAAAUGGCCUGGGUCCAGUAUAUCUGAAGGAGUGUCUCCACCCCCAUCGUUCUACCCGGACACUGAGGUCCAGCGCCGAGGGCCUUCUGGCGGUUCCCUCACUUCAAGAAGCCAAAUUACAGGGAACCAAGCAGAGUUCCUUCUCGGUAGUGGCGCCUGCCCUGUGGAACGCCCUCCCACCAGAUGUCAAAGAGAACAACUGCCAAACUUUUAGAAGACAUCUGAAGGCAGCCCUGUUUAGGGAAGCUUGUAAUGUUUGAUGUAUUACUGUAUUUUAAUAUUUGGUUGGAAGCUUGCCAGAGUGGCUGGGAAAGCCCAGCCAGAUGGGCAGGGUAUAAAUAAUAAAUUAUUAUUAUUAUUAUUAUUGGCAAAUAAAGAUGAGAGAGGGUAAAUCAUCCUUGCAAAUUCCCGCCAGGGACGGGGCAAUGGGCUUCACUUGCAGUUUGUCUCAGUACCUGGCUCUUGCUCCAGUAUGGCAUGUGGGAGGCAGGGAGGCGUGAGUGCAACAGCACUUCCCCUGCUGGAAACCCUCCUACGUCGCCAUUAAGAAGCAGAGGUUCUCCGUUUACUUGGAUCUUUAAUUGGCUUUAAAGUACCGGCGUGUGGUGGAAAAGGGUUGCAACAACAUACUUUGGAAUAUACCAGCUACAUGGAUCAAAGUUUUGAAUUGAGAUAAGAUUUUCUUCGGCGUGAGAGUCGGUUGGGGAGAGAGAAGCCCAGGGUUUGUUUAUGAUUCGGCAACCCUUUCCGGAAUAGAAGAUAAAAUUAUACUUACAAGUGGGGAAAGGACGUUGGAGUAACAUUGAUAUUAACAAGCAAAAAUGGAAACUGCCCGUGAUCUGAAAUGAAGAAAGGAGGGGGGGAGCUAAAGUAGGACUAUGUUGGAAAGACAGAGUAAUUCCCCUCACCUCCGUUUAAAACUAACAGACAACUGAGACAAAGUCUUAGUUGGGGGAAUGCUUUACACUAGCCAUGCAAUAAUGUAGGUAUGCCUGAAACUCCCUCCCAAAAUAAAGGAAAAACUUCCCCACUAGAAGCAGUUACCUACAUUCUCUCAAAAUAUUACUUUAAAUAUUGCCUCACCCCACACAAAGAAACACGGGGGGGGGGGAGGGCUGAGCCACUGUCAAGAUUGCAUCCAGUGCAUUAGAGUCGCUGUUGUUUCAUAAUCAAGGAAGCCAAAUUGCAAGGUGAAGCUAUUAUAUACUACACUGCUUGCUUGCUCGCUCAGCCUUUACUUUUGCAAGCUAUUCCGCUAAAAUGUUUGAUCUCCUUCAGGUGACCUUCGGAAAGAGGCUGAAGAGGACAAGAUGAAAGAAACCCUUGAGAAGCUCUGUGGCCACAUCAAUGGUAAUGUAGCCAAACAGGCGCUAAUGGCUGUUCAGAUACUGAAUGAGGAGCACCGCCUCUUUGAACCAUAAAUGAGGAUAUCUACUUAGUGCAUAAAACGAGCUACUGCGGUUUAAGUACUGCCUUGGCUAACAAGCAGUACAUCAGGUUUGAUCUGUUGUGUCCAAGCAAAAUAUUGCUAGAGCUGGUGUGUUGUUGUUUUUAAAAAAAUUAUAUUGAAGGGCUUUGGGUGAUGGGGUUUUUCGAAUAGGAUGUUAAGGCAAAUGAUAUUCACACAAGCCUCUUUCCAAGUCCACAACAUCAUCACCCCAAAACACUAAAUCCUGAUUAAAUCCUAUUCUCCCUUGCAUUCCAGCAGAAAUGACUCCAUUAAACUUACUUGUUUAACUGUGGAAUGGUUAUCACAGAUUGCCCUCUCAUCAUGUGCGAAUACAAUAUCCAUCCAUCAUGGGGGAAGCACAUGUACAGACCCCUGGCAAAAACUACAGAACUUCAGAAUAUAUUAAUGGAGGAAUUGCAUCUUUGAGCAUUUGGAAGUUUGGUUCCUGCCUACUCUUUUCCCAGACAUGCUAAUUUGUAACAUAUAAGCCAUUCCGGUUUUGUGCGUGUUUAGGAAGCAAACAUGCAAACCUUGCCUUCAUCAGUAAAAUAAAGCCGAAAAAUAUGAUGAAAACAAA